AUGGCUUUUCCAUUUGCGAUGCCAUUUGAACGGCUCAACAACCACAACUAUUUGCUACGGUCUCGGCGCAUGCAGGCUACGUUGCAGAGAGUGUUUCUCUGGGAGUCAGUGGACAAACCGCUUUUGAAGCCUGAUGCUGAAGAUAGAGAUAGAGACCAAAGAGCAAAAGUCACGUUAAUCCUGGGACUGGAUGAUUUGCAGCUGCCACAUGUGCGUAGGCUCGAUUCUGCGCGAGACGUGUGGUUGGUGCUGAGAAAUCUCCACAUUCGGGAGACGGCUAAUUCGAAGCUGUCUAUCCGGAAGGCUCUGCACAAGUCUGAGCUAAAACCAGGAGUCACAAUGCAGAACCAUCUCCACGAUUUGCAGCUGAAGUUUGUGGCACUUCAAGAGAGAGGCUGUAAUUUUCCUGAGGAGGAAAAGGUCUGCAUUAUCCUAAGUUCUCUCCCUGACUGCUGGGACAAUCUCGUUCUCACGCUGGAAGCUAUGUGUGAAGAAGAUCUGACUCUGGAUUAUGUCACUGGCAGGCUGCUGGAGGAAUGGCAGAGGCGUGAGGGCAAGGAGUUGUCGGCUUCAAGUGCUUUGUCAAGCGAUCGGCUUGUGAGGAAUGCAGGCAGCAUUUCUGAAGAGAAACAGCCUAAACAGCGUACCCGAGCUACGGCUGGCGAAGAGGCUGCGUUUGCUGUUCGGCGUUGUUACCGGUGCGGUUCUACUCGGCAUCUGAGGAAGCAGUGUCCGGAGGAGGUUGUGCCUGAGAGUCCAAAGCAGCACAAGCAGAAGAAGUUUGGAAAGAAGAAGCAGACGACACAACUUGUGACGGUCGAGUGUUCUGUCUGA